AUGGCAGUCAUAGACGACGGCUUCGAGGCUCUCCUCGAGCCCUUUUACAAUGGCAAGAAGCUGACGGACCCCAUCUCCACCAAGGACGACAAGUAUCAGCUACUACCGGCCUUCCUCAAGGUGAAGGGUCUCGUGAAGCAACACAUCGACUCGUAUAACUUCUUCGUGGAGCAGGAAAUCAAGGACAUUGUGACGGCCAACCGGACGAUUCGCAGUGAUGUGCAGAGCGGGUUUUACCUCGAAUUUACCGACAUCCGGGUGGGACGGCCGACGCGGACGGACUUCAGCGACAUCAAGUCACAAAAUGAGGUGACACCGAUGGAGUGCCGGCUGCGCGAUAUGACGUACGCGGCCCCGAUCGUGGUGGACAUCGCAUACACGCGAGACAAGAAGCGGAUUAUCCGGCGCAACAUCACGCUAGGCCGGAUGCCGGUGAUGCUGAAGAGCUCCAAGUGUUGCCUGAGCGGGGCGACGAAUUCGCAGAUGGAGGUGAUGAACGAGUGUCCGUUGGACCCGGGCGGGUACUUUAUCGUCAACGGGACGGAGAAGGUGAUCCUGAUCCAGGAGCAGCUGAGCAAGAACCGGGUGAUUGUGGAGUCGGAGGAGAAGAACGGAGUGAUCUCGGCGUCGGUGACGAGUUCGACACACGAGCGCAAGAGCAAGACGUACGUGACGCUGAAGAAGGAGCGAAUUGCAUUGCAGCACAACGUGCUGGUGGACAACAUACCUAUUGUGAUUGUGCUGAAGGCGUUUGGUGGCCUGACGGACUACGAGAUCAUGCAGCUGGUGGCCGGGUCGGACGGACGGUACCAGGACGACUUUGCGAUCAACUUUGACGAGGCGGCGAAGAUGGGAGUGUUUACGCAACAGCAGGCGCUAGAGUACGUGGGCGCGCGGGUGAAGAUGGGGACACGCAACGGCGGAGGGCCGGGCGGUGGGCCAGGAGGGAUGCGGCCGAUGGGGCCGCCGACGAAGCGCAACAACGUGGAGGAGGGACUGGACGCGCUGGCCAACAUCAUCAUCGCGCACGUGCCGAUCGAUGGGCUGGACUUUUUCCCCAAGGCGGUGUACGUGGCGAUGAUGGCACGACGGGUGUUGAUGGCGAUGCACAACCCACAGCUGGUGGACGACCGGGACUUUGUGGGCAACAAGCGGCUGGAGCUGGCGGGACAGCUGCUGUCGCUGCUGUUUGAGGACCUGUUUAAGAAGUUCCAGAGCGACCUGCGCUUUAACAUUGACAAGUUUUUCAAGAAGCCGCACCAGGGGGUGGCAUUCGACCCGCUGACGUCGAUCAGCGCGACAGGCCAUCACAUCUCGCAGGGGAUGAACCGGGCGAUCCAGACGGGCAACUGGAGCGUGAAGCGGUUCGGAAUGAAUCGGGGAGGCGUGACGCACGUGCUCAGCCGGCUCAGCUACAUCAGCGCGCUGGGAAUGAUGACACGGAUCAGCAGCCAGUUUGAGAAAACGCGCAAGGUGAGCGGACCUCGGGCGCUGCAGCCGUCGCAGUGGGGAAUGUUGUGCCCGUCGGACACGCCGGAAGGCGAGGCAUGCGGGCUGGUGAAAAACCUGGCGCUGAUGACGCACAUCACGACGCACGUGGAGGAGGGUCCGGUGCGGGCGUGGGUGUUUUCGCUGGACGACAGCGUGGAGCCGCUGCGCAACUUCUCGGGAGCGGAGAUGCAUCGAGCAGGUUGGUAUGUAGUGCACGUGAACGGGACGCCGUAUGCGCUGACGCCGAAUCCGCGACGGUUCUGUGCGCGAUUCCGGACGAUGCGGCGGCGUGGGUGGAUUUCGCCGUUUGUGAGCAUCAACAUCAACUCGCACUUUGCGUCGGUGCACAUUGCGACGGACGAGGGCCGGAUCUGCCGGCCGUACAUCAUUGUGAAGAACGGGCAGUCGCGGCUGCGGGCAGAACAUCUGCGGCUGCUGCAGCAGGGACGGGUGACGUUUGACGACUUUCUGCGGCGCGGCGUGAUCGAAUACCUGGACGUCAACGAGGAGCAGGACGCGCUGGUGGCGCUGUACGAAGCCGACUGCACGGCAGCAUCGACACACAUGGAGAUCGAGCCGUUUACGAUCCUGGGGGCAGUGGCAGGACUGAUUCCGUUUCCACACCACAACCAGUCGCCGCGAAACACGUAUCAGUGCGCGAUGGGCAAGCAGGCGAUCGGGGCGAUUGCGUACAAUCAGUUCCAUCGGAUCGACACGCUGCUGUACACGCUGGUGUAUCCGCAGCGGCCGAUGGUGGCGACGAAGACGAUUGAGCUGGUGCACUAUGACAAGCUGCCGGCAGGGCAGAACGCGACGGUGGUGGUGAUGUCGUACUCGGGCUACGACAUUGAGGAUGCGCUGGUGCUGAACAAGGCGUCGAUCGACCGGGGGUACGGACGGUGCCAGGUAUUCCGCAAGUACGUGGCCGAGAUGCAGCGGUUUCCGAACGGACGGACAGAGCGAGUAGGCGGACCAGAGCGCGACAAGGACGGCGAGAAGAUCAGCAAGCACGCGGCGAUUGACAACGACGGGCUCGCAGCGGUGGGCUGGCGAGUACAGCACGGUGACGUGAUGAUCAAGAAGGAGAGUCCGGUAGACCUGACAACGACGGGGAUCGGAGCCGAUCGGGGAUCGAACGAGUACCGGGACUCGUCGCUGACGUACCGGAUUAACGAUCCGAGCUACGUGGACAAGGUGAUGGUGUCGCAGACGGAAAAGGACACGCUGAUCUUCAAGGUGCAGACACGACAGACGCGACGACCGGAGAUCGGCGACAAGUUCUCGUCCCGACACGGGCAGAAGGGUGUGGUGGGCAUCAUUGUGGAGCAGGAGGACAUGCCGUUUGCAGACUCGGGACUGGUGCCGGACAUUAUCAUGAACCCGCACGGUUACCCGUCGCGGAUGACGGUCGGCAAGCUGUUUGAGUGUCUGACAGGCAAGGCGUCGGUGGUGGCUGGACGACGGGACUACGGAUACGGCGAUGCGUUCCGGUCACAUCCAGUCGAGGCCAUGGGCGAGGAGCUUGUCCGGCACGGCUUCUCGUGGGCCGGCAAGGACUGUUUCACGUCCGGCACGACGGGCGAGCCGAUGGAGGCACACAUCUUCAACGGGCCCAUCUACUACCAGCGCCUCAAGCACAUGGUGCAGGACAAGAUGCACUCGCGCGCUAAAGGUCCGCGGGCCAUCUUGACGCGGCAGCCGACUGAGGGUCGGUCACGUGAUGGUGGCUUGCGGUUAGGCGAGAUGGAGCGCGACUGUCUCAUCGCCUAUGGCGCGUCCCAGCUGCUGCUCGAGCGACUCAUGUUCAGCUCCGACGCCACAUCGCUCGACCUGUGUCAGCACUGCGGCCUGUUCGGCUACAAGGGCUACUGCCAGACCUGUCGCAGCACGCGCGACGUCACCCAGAUGACCAUGCCCUACGCGGCCAAGCUGCUCGUCCAGGAGCUCAUCAGCAUGAACGUCGGCGUGCGGCUGCAGCUGGAGGACGAGUUUCCGCAUCCGGCGUGA